AUGCGGGAGAGUUUGGAGGUGCUUUUGUCUGCAGCGUUUGCAAUUAGAAUUGAAACUUUGGACGUUUCGUGUGUCGGAAGAAGUUUGCGAGUUGCACGGUUUGUCGGCGGGGUGUACGUACAGCGGGUUUCGUGGCGCGGCAGCGGCGUGGCGUGCGUGGGCGAUUCGUGGCGAUUUGCGGGCGGCUUUUGGGUUUUUUUGGGGAAAGCAGUUGGAAACGGGGAAUUAAAGGAAAGUCUGCAGCGGAUCGGGAGAAUGGCGGAGGCUCCGGCGGUGGGCAUCGACCUGGGCACCACGUACUCGUGCGUGGGCGUGUGGAAGAACGACGGCGUGGAAAUCAUCGCGAACGACCAGGGAAACCGGACGACGCCGUCUUACGUGGCGUUUACGGACACGGAGCGGCUGGUGGGAGACGCGGCGAAGAACCAGGUGGCGCGGAACCCGGAGAACACGGUCUUCGACGCGAAGCGGCUGAUCGGGCGGAAGUUCGACGACCCCGCGGUGCAGGCGGACAUGAAGCACUGGCCGUUCACGGUGAAGGCGGGGCCUGCGGGGAAGCCGCUGAUCGAAGUGAGUUACCAGGGCAGCAAGAAGACGUUCCACCCGGAGGAGAUAUCGGCGAUGGUGCUGAUGAAGAUGAAGGAAAUCGCGGAGGCGUUCAUCGGAAAGGAGGUGAAGGAGGCGGUGAUCACGGUGCCGGCGUACUUCAACGACAGCCAGCGACAGGCGACGAAGGACGCGGGAACGAUCGCAGGGCUGAACGUGCUGCGCAUCAUUAACGAACCAACCGCAGCGGCGAUCGCGUACGGGCUGGACAAGAAGGGCCACGGGGAGAUGAACGUGCUGAUAUUCGACAUGGGGGGCGGGACGUUCGACGUGUCGCUGCUGACGAUCGAAGACGGGAUCUUCGAAGUGAAGGCGACGGCGGGGGACACGCACCUGGGGGGCGAGGACUUCGACAACCGGCUGGUGGACUUCUGCGUGCAGGACUUCAAGCGGAAGAACCGCAGCAAAGACCCGAGCAGCAACAGCAGGGCGCUGCGGCGGCUGCGGACGCAGUGCGAACGCGCGAAGCGGACGCUGAGCAGCAGCACGCAGGCGACAAUCGAAAUCGACUCGCUGUUCGAGGGCAUCGACUACUCCGUGGCGCUGUCGCGGGCGCGCUUCGAAGAGCUGUGCAUGGACUACUUCCGCAACAGCCUGGUGCCGGUGGAGAAGGUGCUGAAGGACAGCGGGAUCGACAAGCGGAGCGUGCACGAGGUGGUGCUGGUGGGCGGCAGCACGCGCAUCCCCAAGAUCCAGCAGCUGAUCCAGGAGUUCUUCAACGGCAAGGAGCCGUGCAGGUCGAUCAACCCCGACGAGGCCGUGGCCUACGGCGCGGCGGUGCAGGCCGCAAUCCUCAAGGGCGUGAACAGCAGCCAGGUGCAGGACCUGCUGCUGCUGGACGUGGCGCCGCUGUCGCUCGGGCUCGAGACCGCGGGCGGCGUCAUGACCAAGCUGAUCGAAAGAAACACCACCAUCCCCACCAAGAAGUCCCAGGUCUUCACCACCUACGCCGACAACCAGCCCGGCGUCCUCAUCCAGGUCUUCGAGGGCGAGCGCGCCAUGACCAAGGACAACAACUUGCUCGGCAAGUUCCACCUCGACGGCAUCCCCCCCGCGCCCCGCGGCGUCCCGCAGAUCGAGGUCACCUUCGACAUCGACGCCAACGGCAUCAUGAACGUCACCGCCACCGAGAAGAACACCGGCAAGUCCAACCAGAUCACCAUCACCAACGACAAGGGCCGCCUCAGCCAGGCCGAGAUCGACCGCAUGGUCGCUGAGGCCGAGAAGUACCGCGCCGAGGACGAGGCCAACCGCCAGCGCGUCGAGGCCAGAAACGCCCUCGAGAACUACUGCUACUCCAUGCGCGGCACGCUGGACGACGAGAAGCUGCGCGAGCGCCUCGCGCCCGAGGACCGCGAGGCUGCCUCCGCCGCCAUUCAGCGCGCGCUCGACUGGCUCGACAAGAACCAGCUUGCGGAGCGCGAGGAGUUCGAGGCCAAGCAGAAGGAGGUCGAGGCGGUUUGCACGCCCGUCGUCGCCAAGGUUUACCAGGCCGCCGCCGGCGCCGCGGGGGGGGCCCCCGGCGCUGCCGGGGGGGUCCCCGGCGCCGCCGGGGGGGCCCCCGCCGCGGGGGCCCCCGGGGGGCCCACCGUCGAGGAGGUCGACUGA